AGUAUCAACUCAAUAGUAUCAGUUAACUUUCAAGUGUCAAACAAAUUAGAAGUCAAAUUAAAUUUAAAAUGUUCUUCAAGACAUCUAUGGUAGUUUUUGCGCUUAUCGGAGCCAUCGCUGCCCAGCACUAUUAUCAGCAACAGCAUCAUGAAGAAGAACACCACGCCCCUGCCCACUACGAGUUCCACUAUGACAUCCAUGAUGAUCACACCGGAGAUGUGCAUGGACGCAAGGAAUCUCGGAACGAGCACCAGACCCAAGGGGAAUACUAUCUGAUCGAUGCUGAUGGCCACAAGCGCACAGUGACCUACCAUGUUGAUGGCAAGAGCGGAUUCAUUGCUCAGGUGCACCGUGAGCCAAUCAAGGGAUAUCAGGCACCUCAGCCAGUGCACAAGAUUGUUGCUGUUCCAGUGCAUCACGGUUAUCAUCACUAAAAAAUUAAAGAAUAGUUCUCGAUAGUGCAAAUUUGUAUAUAAAUAAAUCUACAACAAACUGACUGAACUGCUCUUAAUGUAGCCUGAUGUUUGUUUCCCUGAAUUCA